UCUUCCAGAGUAAGGCAUCAGCUCCAUCUCCUUCCUCCGUUCGUCCGUCCCCCUUUCCCCUUUCACGCCGCAAGAAAACCCUCGCCCAAAUCUACAGCAACCAACGCCCCCGUUUCGUCUACGAGAGCUGCGAGCUCACAAUCCCGCGGGAGCAGCUCGGCCAUGGCGUCCUCCGUCGCCGGCGGGGUGCCGUCGAGGUCCGCCAUCGUGGCCGACACGACCAGCGGGCACCACCUCCUCACCAUCCACGGCUACUCCCGCACCAAGGACAUACCCACCGGAGAGCGCGUCAAGUCUCACCCUUUCAUCAUCGGCGGCCACCGCUGGCGGAUCGACUACUACCCCGGCGGCGUGCGCCCGGAGGUCGCGGACUACGUGUCCCUCUCCCUGAUACUAGAGGAGGAUGGCCCGGCGCCGGUGAAGGCCCAGUACGACAUCUGCCUCGUUACCAAGGAGGAGGAGGCGGAGCAGGCCGCGUCGAUGGCGUCGGCACCGGUCGACGAAUUCGCUCCCCGGAAGGGCUGGGAGUACUCCAAGUUCGUCAGGAGGGUGGAGCUGGAGAGCUCAAAGUAUCUCACCAACGAUUCGUUCACCGUCCGGUGCGAUAUCGUUGUCGUCCAUGGUUACCGCGCCGCGGGCGGCAUGGCGGCCCUCGUCUCUGUGCCCCCAUGUGACCUGCGUGAGAACCUUGGCAGGCUCCUCGACACCGGGAUGGGCGCCGACGUGGUGUUUGAGGUCGGCGGCGAGACCGUCGCGGCACACCGGUGCGUGCUCGCGGCCUGCUCUCCGGUGUUCGCCGCCCAACUCUUUGGACCCAUGAAGGAGGGUAAUGCCGGCGUCGUGCGCGUGGAAGACAUGGACACGGAGGUGUUCAAGGCGUUGCUCCGUUUCACAUACGCCGGCUUGUUGCCGGAGGAGUUCAAGGAAGACGUAGUCGUAUGCCAGCAUCUGCUCGUUGCUGCAGACAGGUAUGGCAUGGGGCGGCUGAAGCUGAUCUGCGAGCAGAAGCUGUGCGAGUACAUCGACAUCGGCACGGCAGCAACCAUCCUGACGCUGGCCGAGCAGCACCGCUGUGAGGGGCUGAAGAAGGCCUGCUUCGAUUUUCUUGCCGCUCCACCAAAUCUGAGGGCUGUCGUGGCCACCGACGGCUUCCAGCAUCUGAUCGCGAGCUGCCCUUCUCUUAUGGUCGAGCUCAUGGCUAUGUCCCCUACACAUUAGCUGAGUGAUGGAUAUGCCUCUGAGUGUUGUAGCAAUGGUGAAACAUGGUUUCUAGGCUCAUGUACUAAUCUGGGUACCUCUCUCUUGGUGUAUCCCUGGCUCUACCUAGUUAACAACCGAGAUGCAAAAGUUAGCCUCAUUUCGCCCCUGUUUUAUCAGUUCAUUGCAUCUCUAACUAUGCCUAUUAACCAGGAAGUGCGUUGGAAUCAGAGGUGAUAAAAUGCUCAGGUUUUUAGGCAAUGGUAGCUUGUGGUUUCAGGUCUUUGUUAUCUGAUAUUGUGCUUGUGGUUCCAUGGUUUCUGAACCUUAUUGAGAUAA